CAUUAUUAUUUUUUUUUGUUUGCAUCAACUGAACGCACACUCACCGACAAACACCGACACAGAACACUGACAAUUUACCGACCAUGAGACUCAUCACACACAAUAUGCUUCAGUGCCACGUCAAGGGCUGCAACGCAAACAACUUUCCUCUGGAAUUGCAGGAGGUCGUACUGGAGCAAGAGGAGGCAGAGAUGAACGAGGACUUUUUGAGAAACAUGCUCGGAAAGCUCGAAUACGAGGCCCUUGUCGCAACAUGCCUCAAGCUCGAUAUCAAUGAUCUUCCCGCAACACUGCCCGCAGACGCAGCCUACAACGACGAAUUCCUUCAAAUCCUCCACCGCGUUAUUCUCGAGACCCAUAUCAAAUCGGGAAAGAUGGUCUGCCCGAACUGUCAACAUAUCUACAACAUCCGCGACGGCAUUCCCAAUAUGCUUUUGGCAGAACACGAAGUCUAGAAUAGGCGAAGGAUCAUAAUAAAAGGAAUUACAGGAACAAAAAAAAACAAAAAAAAAAGCCAACAUCGUCUUCUAUUCAUCAGUGGACUCUGAACUGAGGGAAGAGAUCAAUUGGUAUCUGGACUAGUAGCAUCGAGGCGUGGACACGGAAAGCAUAUUUGAUGUUGUCGUUGUAUGAGUGUCAUCGUUAUGGUUUUUCUUAUAUGUACUGGUUUUUUUCGCGGUUGCAGUAUGCAAGAAAUAUUGUAAACUAUUGUAAGCUAUGAUAUCAGGUGGUAUGUGAGUUUGUGUGUGUGUGUGUGUGUGUGUGUGUGUGUGUGUGUGU